AUGGAUAAAAAAAGUUUUUUAUUCGACGUGAAGAAACGAAAAGAAAUCAAGUUAGAAUUAUGGAGAAUUUGUCAAGAGAUGAGCAAUGAUUCGGGUGGCAGAAGGAUGGUGAGGCACAUCAGGCAAAGUGAAGGCAAAUUAUGUACCGUUAAAUUGGAUAAUUUUUCCACGGUCUGGCAGCAUAAUAAAUAA